GCAGUUUUCCCCAGCUUUGGGUGGUGGCUGCUGCUGGGCUCCCGCUUCCCGUCGGCGGAGGGCGAGGCGGCGUGGACCGCGGCCCCGGCACCCCGCGCCCUGCCGCCCGCAGCCGCGCGCCCGCCCGCCCGCCGCGCCCCGAGCUCCGAGCUCCUCGCCUCAGUGCCCGGCCGCCGCCGCCGCCGCGGCCCAGCGAGCGGCCCAGAUGCAGGCCAUCAAGUGUGUGGUGGUGGGAGACGGAGCUGUGGGUAAAACUUGCCUCCUGAUCAGUUACACGACCAAUGCCUUUCCCGGAGAAUAUAUCCCCACGGUCUUUGACAACUAUUCUGCCAAUGUUAUGGUGGAUGGAAAACCGGUGAAUCUGGGCUUAUGGGAUACGGCUGGACAAGAAGAUUACGACCGGUUACGUCCCCUGUCCUACCCACAAACAGUUGGAGAAACGUAUGGUAAGGAUAGACCCUCCAGGGGCAAAGACAAGCGCUUGCCGUAUGACGUAUUCUUAAUUUGCUUUUCUCUUGUGAGCCCUGCAUCUUUUGAAAAUGUUCGCGCAAAGUGGUACCCAGAAGUGCGACACCAUUGUCCCAACACGCCCAUCAUCCUGGUGGGGACGAAGCUUGAUCUCAGGGAUGAUAAAGACACGAUCGAGAAACUGAAGGAGAAGAAGCUGACUCCCAUCACCUACCCGCAGGGCUUGGCCAUGGCGAAGGAGAUCGGUGCUGUGAAAUACCUGGAGUGCUCGGCGCUCACGCAGCGGGGCCUCAAGACAGUGUUCGACGAAGCCAUCCGAGCGGUUCUCUGCCCGCCCCCCGUCAAGAAGAGGAAGAGGAAGUGCCUGCUGUUGUAAACGCCUGGGGCCCGGGGCGGGGGCCCGUCCCGCCCCGAACCUUUGUCUGCUUUGCUCAAAUGUGGAGCCUUCGCACUCAAUGCCAAGUUUUUGUUACAGAUUAGUUUUUCCAUAAAACCGUUUUGAACCAAUCAGUAAUUUCUAGGUUUUUCUCUGUUUAAAGUGUAAGAGUUUAAACUUUCACAUUCUAUUAAAGUUUAGCCCUAAAAUGACAAGCUUUCCUAAAGCCUUAUUUUUCAGAAGCCCCUGUUCUUGCUCAGAUGAAGAGUUGCCAAAAUCCCUUGUGAGCCAAGUUGCGUUGUUGGGCUGAGAACACUAAGCACUAAGCUGUUGACAGAGACCUCUCUCCCUGCGAGACCGUCCCUUCCGAGGCCGGCGGCUUUCCACCGUGAAGGGCGGGCGUAGCGCCUCCUUCGCGAAACGUCGCCACGGAGCGCACCCUCGUCUAUCCGCCCGUGCCCAUGACCUGACGUUGUACUGUGCGUCCUGGCGAGGAGGUGACAGCGCAGCUCUCUGCAUCAAGCUCUGAUUGCGUAGUGAGGGUUUCUUUAAGCGAUGAGUGUACUAGCUUUCGUGAGCCUUGAACUGAACUCCUGCUCACGUGUUCCCUCCGGCGAGGUGUUCUGGCCGUGGGUGCGCGGGGUGGAGCGUGGGGAGCGCCUGUGAUCGAAGGAUGAAGACAGUAUUUUGACAAGAUACGGAGGUUAAUUUACACUACAUUGUACACGAAAUAGUGAAACUAUUGAAAGUGUCACGGGUACAAGUUUUAAAAGGUUGAUUGCUGUCAAGUGAGUAGAUGAUGAAAGGCUGGUGUUAUCAGUUAGUGUUUUCUUAAGCUCUUGCUUUUUCUUCACCCUGCCCUUCCCUCCUGAAAUUGGGCGUUGGAAUCCCUUUUUGACUUGGUCCUUCUCAUAGUUGCUAACUUAGUGCUUUCCUUAUAGAAUCCCUUCUUAACGAGCAAUAUGCCUCCUUGUAUUAUAAAAUCCUUCUGAGUGAGCGUUAGAAACAUCCUUUGGUAGGUCGUAAAAGUGCAUUCCUCAUCUCACGUUACUUUAUUCACGGCUACUCAGUGCUUUCCUUAGUUUUCUAGUACCUGGGUGUAAACAUCCUGUGUUGCAGCUUUACAGUUUUUAAGACACUUUAGAUCUUCUUAGACGGUAACCUUCUCACCAUCACUGUCUCUUCGUCCCUGACGCCGCACCCUGACUAAUGAACACUGACCCUCCUGCCCCCCCCCCCCCCCCCGGGCCUCCUCCCCGCCCUGCCCACGUCCCCCUGGGCUCCGAGGUGCCGAACCCCGUGCUCGUGCUAACCAGGUUCUCUGCAGCUUACCCGCUGGCAAGAAUACGAGCUUGGACCUUCCAACCACUAGAACAAAAUUUUUUAAAUUGACAGUUGCAGAAUUGUGGAGUGUUUUUACAUUGAUCUUUUGCUAAUGCAAUUAGCAGUAUGUUUUGCAUGUACGACUUAAUAAAUCCUUGAAUCAUAA